UUAUUGCUACAAUUGUGAAGAAAAAAAUGGUAAAAAACAAUAUUUAGGAAAAUUAAAUUCAAUCGCUAGAGUGGGUGUAUUUUUUGAAGAUAACGAUUCUAGAAAUCUGUCUGAACGACUUCCUGGAGAAAUUUAA